AUAUCACCUUGUGAUUCCCCAGCCGCUGGGCUGCUGGAGGCUGGGAGGUCAGGACUGCACCCCGCUCCCAAGGAGGGGAGACGCCAGCACCCCCAGCUCUGUGGUUGAAAGCAGAUGCCUCCUGAGUCCCCCAUGUCUGAUGCCCCAUCGGCACCAUGUCAUUAGUUCUUUACAUCUUCUGAGGGUAACGGAUGCCGUGGAGAAAAUUUGUGAGCUGAAAACAUGGAGAUGAAAAAGAUCAUGACAACUUGCCCAGGACCCACUGGUGGUUGGAUCUGGGAAAGGGCUAUGUGAAACGAGUUGAGAAUCAUGGCUGCGGGAAAGUUUGCAAGCCUUCCUAGAAACAUGCCAGUGAAUCACCAGUUCCCCCUGGCCUCAUCCAUGGACCUCCUGAGCAGCAAGUCACCUCUCGCUGAGCAUCGCACAGAUGCCUAUCAAGACGUGUCUAUACACGGCACCCUUCCACGGAAGAAGAAAGGCCCUCCUCCCGUAAGGUCCUGUGAUAACUUCAGUCACAUGGGGACCCUCCCCCAUUCCAAAUCCCCACGGCAGCACUCACCUCUGAGCCAGGACGUCAUCCAGGAGCACCCACUGCAAGACUGGAAAGGCAAAACCUUCACCUUCAGGGAUCAGCAUCUUCUGGACCCAACUCUGGAAUAUGUGAAGUUCUCCAAGGAGAGGCACGUCAUGGACAGGACCCCGGAGAGGCUGAAGAAGGAGCUGGAGGAGGAGCUGCUGCUGAGCAGCGAGGACUUGCGCAGCCACGCCUGGUACCACGGCCGCAUCCCCCGACAGGUGUCAGAAAACCUCGUGCAGCGGGACGGUGACUUCCUGGUUCGUGAUUCCCUGUCCAGCCCCGGAAACUUUGUCCUGACCUGUCAGUGGAAGAACCUCCCUCAGCACUUCAAGAUCCGCCGGACGGUCCUGCGGCUCAGUGAGGCCUACAGCCGAGUGCAGUACCAGUUUGAGACGGAGAGCUUCGACUCCAUCCCCGGCCUGGUGCGCUGCUAUGUGGGCAACCGGCGGCCCAUCUCCCAGCAGAGCGGAGCCAUCAUCUUCCAGCCCAUCAACAGGACAGUGCCCCUGCGGUGCCUGGAGGAGCACUACGGCACCUCCCCCAGCCGGGCCCAGGAGGGCAGCCUCGUCGAGGGAAGGCCGGACGUGGCCAAGAGGCUGAGCCUCACCAUGGGCGGCCCCCAGGCCCGAGAGCAGAGCCUGCCCAGGGGCAACCUCCUCAGAAAUAGAGAGAAGAGUGGUAGCCAGCCAGCCUGCCUGGAUCACAUGCAGGACAGAAGAGCCUUGUCCCUCAAAGCCCACCAGUCGGAAAGUUACCUGCCAAUUGGUGGUAAGCUGCCCCCUCAGUCCCCAGGUGUAGGCACAAGACCCUGCCCAAACUCACCGGUUUUCAGGACAGGCAGCGAGCCCACCCUGAGCCCAGCGGUGGUUCGGAGGGUCUCCUCGGACCCUAGGGCAGGGGGGGCACUGAGGGGCUCAGACAGCCAGCUAUGCCCCAAACCUCCCCCCAAGCCCUGCAAAGCGCCCAUGCUCAAGGCUCCCCGGUCUCCAUCCACCUGGCUCAACUCAGAGGCCAACUACUGCGAACUGAACCCAGCCUUGGCCGCAGGCUGCGACGGGGCAGCACGACCGCCCUUCUGUGCCCAGGACAGCUACGUGGACCUGCUGACCGCCAAACAGAACGGCGGGCCGGCUGCCCGGAACUCUGACACCAGCUACUUGAUCCUUGAUGACAAUGACGGGGCAAAGCCUUGGGAGCCGCUGCCGACCCAGAGGGACAAGGGGCAGGAGGACGAGGGUACAUUCGUGACACCCCUCCUGGAGACUGCCUCCUCCUUCAAGCCCAACGACCUUGAGUCGAAGCUCCUUCCUCCUGAGAACAAGCCCCUGGAAACUGCGAUGCUGAAGCGUGCAAAAGAACUGUUCACCAACAACGACCCCAAGGUCAUCGCCCAGCACAUGCUGAACGUGGACUGCAAGGUCGCGAGGAUACUUGAAGUCUCUGAAGAGAUGAGGAAGAACAUGGGCAUGAGCUCAGGGCUGGAGCUCAUCACCCUGCCUUAUGGCCACCAGCUGCGCCUGGACAUCAUUGAAAGACACAACACAAUGGCCAUCGGCAUUGCAGUGGACAUUCUGGGCUGCACGGGCACUUUGGAGGACAGAGCAGCCACCCUCAAUAGGAUCAUCCAGGUGGCAGUGGAGCUGAAAGACUCCAUGGGGGACCUCUAUUCUUUCUCGGCCAUCAUGAAGGCCUUGGAAAUGCCGCAGAUCACAAGGUUAGAAAAAACGUGGACUGCCCUGCGGCACCAGUACACACAAACCGCCAUCCUCUAUGAGAAACAGCUGAAGCCUUUUAGCAAAAUCCUGCACGAAGGCAGAGAGUCUACGUGUGUUCCCCCAAAUAAUAUAUCAGUCCCACUGCUGAUGCCUCUUGUGACCUUAAUGGAGCGCGAGGCUGUCACUUUUGAAGGAACUGACAUGUGGGAAAAAAACGACGAAAGCUGUGAGAUUAUGCUGAACCAUUUGGCAACAGCCCGACUCAUGGCAGAAGCUGCAGACAGCUACCGGAUGAAUGCUGAGAGGAUCCUGGCAGGUUUUCAACCAGAUGAAGAAAUGAGUGAAAUCUUCAAGACUGAAUUCCAAAUGAGAUUGCUAUGGGGCAGCAAAGGUGCACAAGUCAAUCAGACAGAGAGAUACGAGAAAUUCAACCAGAUUUUAACUGCCCUCUCACGUAAACUGGAACCUCCUCCUACAAAGCAGGCAGAGCUUUGAUAACUAACUAACUCCAGAGAAUCUUAGGAUAUAAUUUCAAGCUUAUCCAGUUUCUUCUUUGAGAAAGCUUAUCAUCAUUUGAUAAAGUAUAGUAAUAAUGUGCAAAUCUGACAAUAUACAAGCUUUUAGUAUCCACAGGAUAUUAAACAUGUAAAUUGCACAGAGCACACUUCUUAUUUAUGAAUUGUUUAAAAUUACUACUGAUUUUAAAAUGAAUGAUAAUUUAUUAAGGUAACUAUUGCUAAUGCUGAUCAACAAAUUUAAGUGAAGACCCAGCUACACUGGCUGGUUGCUUUCUAUUACCGAGGUAUUUGACCAUUUUAGUUUUAAUAAUUCCAUGUCAGAUAAGUGUAAAUAGAAGAGUUUAAAAGCAUGAAACAUUUCAGAAGGUAUCAGUUGUAUGAUAUUCUUUAACUAAAUAUGAAAAAUGUAAAUAGUCAUAUGAAAAUAUAUCUUUUUGUGAAACAA